AUGCUGGCUUCGCGUCUCUCCCGAGCUCUUCCCCGAGCUACCCCCAUCACAGCCCGCUCGGCCGCUUUCGCCAGGGCUCCUCUGGCCAACAGAUUCGCUCGCUAUGAGUCCACGGCCGCCGAGGGUGAGGGCAAGGUGCAGGGCUCCGUGAUCGGUAUCGAUCUGGGCACCACCAACUCUGCCGUCGCCAUCAUGGAGGGCAAGGUUCCUCGCAUCAUCGAGAACUCCGAGGGUGCCCGCACCACUCCCUCCGUCGUUGCCUUCGCCGAGGACGGCGAGCGCCUCGUCGGUGUCGCCGCCAAGCGUCAGGCCGUCGUCAACCCAGAGAACACCCUGUUCGCCACCAAGCGGUUAAUAGGACGCAAGUUCACCGACCCUGAGGUCCAGCGCGACAUCAAGGAGGUCCCCUACAAGAUCGUCCAGCACUCCAACGGCGAUGCCUGGGUCUCUGCUCGUGACCAGAAGUACUCUCCCUCGCAGAUUGGUGGCUUCGUCCUCAACAAGAUGAAGGAGACCGCCGAGGCCUACCUCUCCAAGCCUGUCAAGAACGCCGUCGUCACUGUCCCUGCCUACUUCAACGACGCCCAGCGUCAGAGCACCAAGGAUGCUGGUCAGAUUGCCGGCCUCAACGUCCUCCGUGUCGUCAACGAGCCCACUGCCGCCGCCCUCGCCUACGGUCUCGAGAAGGAGGCUGACCGCGUCGUCGCCGUCUACGAUCUUGGUGGUGGUACCUUCGAUAUCUCCAUCCUCGAGAUCCAGAACGGUGUCUUCGAGGUCAAGUCCACCAACGGUGACACCCACCUGGGUGGUGAGGACUUUGACAUCCACCUCGUCCGCCACAUGGUUGCCGACUUCAAGAAGACCUCUGGCAUCGACCUGUCUGGCGACCGCAUGGCCAUCCAGCGUAUCCGUGAGGCCGCUGAGAAGGCCAAGAUCGAGCUGUCCUCGUCCCUCCAGACCGACAUCAACCUGCCCUUCAUCACCGCCGACUCCUCUGGCCCCAAGCACAUCAACAUGAAGCUCUCCCGCGCCCAGCUCGAGAAGAUGGUUGACCCUCUCAUCACCCGCACCAUCGAGCCCGUCCGCAAGGCCCUUAAGGACGCCAGCCUCCAGCCCAAGGACAUCCAGGAGGUCAUCCUCGUCGGUGGCAUGACCCGCAUGCCUAAGGUUGCUGAGUCCGUCAAGAGCAUCUUCGGCCGCGACCCCGCCAAGUCCGUCAACCCCGAUGAGGCCGUCGCCAUCGGCGCUGCCAUCCAGGGUGCCGUUCUCUCCGGUGAGGUCAAGGACCUGCUGCUCCUCGACGUCACCCCCCUGUCCCUCGGUAUCGAGACUCUGGGCGGUGUCUUCACCCGUCUGAUCAACCGCAACACCACCAUCCCCACCAAGAAGUCUCAGGUCUUCUCUACCGCUGCCGACUUCCAGACGGCUGUCGAGAUCAAGGUCUACCAGGGUGAGCGUGAGCUUGUCCGCGACAACAAGCUUCUGGGCAACUUCCAGCUCGUCGGCAUUCCCCCUGCCCACCGUGGCGUGCCCCAGGUCGAGGUCACCUUUGACAUUGACGCCGACUCUAUCGUCCACGUCCACGCCAAGGACAAGUCCACCAACAAGGACCAGUCCAUCACCAUCGCCUCUGGCUCCGGUCUUUCCGACAACGAGAUCCAGCAGAUGGUUGAGGACUCCGAGAAGUACGCUGAGGCCGACAAGGAGCGCAAGGCUGCCAUCGAGGCUGCCAACCGCGCCGACAGCGUCCUCAACGACACCGACCGUGCCCUGAACGAGUACGCCGACAAGCUCGACAAGGCCGAGGCCGACGGCAUCAAGGAGAAGAUUGCCUCUCUCCGCGAGUUCGUCGCCAAGAGCCAGUCUGGCGAGGGCACCGCCACCGCCGCCGAGAUCAAGGAGAAGACCGAUGAGCUCCAGAUGGCCAGCCUGAACCUCUUCGACAAGAUGCACAAGGCCCGCAACGAGUCUGGCGAGGGCCAGCAGGCCUCGGGCGAGCAGCAGGCUCCCGAGGGCGAGAAGAAGGACGAGAACAAGCCUUAA